GCAAUGAAGCCGUUCCGGGCCGGUCCUUUGUCGGUCGAGUCCUAUUUUGGAAGUUGACUUCAACCACCAUCAUGCCCCUUGAAGAUGAAUUACACCGCAAGCGGCGGGAACGAUAUCGGCUUUGUCAAGAGGCAAAAAAACAGAAAGCAGGUUUUCAAAUCAAUACUCUCACGCCCGCAACAUAUGAAGAAAAAACGCGACAGAAGCAACAGAAUGCACGGUAUCCAGCAGAUCCUUCGUGUCUUCCAUCAGGGCAAUCAUCAUUACCUCUUUCUCGGGUAAUACUAUCUCCACUAGGUCAAUCUGUAAUACAGCCUUUACCUUUUCCUGCAUCUGCAUCAUCCCUCCCGGCACCUUCGCAGUCUACGGUCGCUUUUCCACUGGAAUCCUCUCAAACUCCUGCUGGAUUAAUCACCGCACAGACUGUCGCUCCUUCAUUGACGAAUGAAAUUCGCGUUUGGGUCCAAAUGAUGCAAGAAUUGCUAGUCGUAUUGGGUUCUUCUUCGGAAGACAUGCCGGAGAACUUGAUUGAAUACGCCUACCGCUACAUCGCCAGCUUGAACGGGUUCAAUGUUUCGGAAUACAUAGCCUUUCAGCGCACUCGCAUGGCAUUUUUCCCUGUGCUCGCAUACGGAAUGUUCAUUAAAAGAGUCAUUGAGGCGUCUGGGACAUCGUCGCCAUCCAUCUAUAAUUUUUUAGGAGCCCUCUCCUUAGCUCGAGCGUCCUACAUACCUUUUGAAAGGCACUUAACCGGAUGGUGGUCCAGGUUCCCUGAUCAAGUUAGAUCGGUCCUCUAUGAUUUCACUGGUCCUGGGUGCUUCGAUGCCGGUCCGUGCACAAAGCAGGAUAUCCAGCGUCUCGCUCCCGGAGGCUGGAUCAACGACGAGAUUAUUAAUCGUCUUCUUGAUCUGUGGAACAUGUCUGUGCGACACGAUGUCAUUAUCUUGGACACGUUCUUUGCUUCCAAAUUUCUCUUUCAGAAAGACAGGACAACUCCGAAAUCUGCAUUAUCUGACAACGACAUUACUCGAAUACUUUGGUGGCAUAAAAUAAAGGUUGCCCUCCACAUUGUAGACGCCUGGCGCCGAAUCAUUUUGCCCGUCAAUAUUGCCAAUGAACACUGGAUAGUCGCUUGUAUAGAUAUUUGCGAUAGGACAAUCUCCGUAUACGACAGUUUGCCCGCUGUCGGUGAUAAUGACACAACGAUAUCGACUGAAGCCGCGCUAAUAAAGAUUCUCAAGGCCAUGAUCGAUGCUAUUCGUCAACGAUGUAACUGCCCCGCAAUCGAAUGGGUGCCAGAGAAAUCUUUCAUACCUCAUGCAAACACCACUUACUAUCAACAAAAUACCUCUGAUUGCGGCGUCUUCUCCUUGCUAUUCAUUAGACACCUUGCAAGCGUCGACACCUUUCCGAGUCGAACCAUUGGCCUCGUAUACCAGUUCCCAGAGAAAUUCGAGGAUCUGAAUGGAAUAAGGCUCGAACUUAUAUAUGACUUAUGGAAACACAGAUAACAGAUUGACUGGCUUGUUAUCUGUCCCGGUAAGGGAUUGAACUAUCCGAUUUGAGCCACCUUUAAUUGUAACGCUAAUUGCCAGCACCUAGACUUUUUAUCCGCUCGCAGUAUCGCUGUUCUGAGCUAUGUUGUCCUUUUCAGUUGAAACACUGGAAGAGAAUAUGUUAAACGGAUUUCGGGUCACGGACACUAAAAUCCUUUGCCUUAAAGAACCGCGGGUAUCUGAGCCUCGUCUUUCCUGAACAUGGCCCGAAAUUUCUAUACAUCAAAUGUUCACAAAUUCGUUUCUACGCGUCCAUGAAUGUUGCCUUGCACAAAGAGUUUUGAAAUUGCGCUGGACGCCGCGGACAUCAGAUCGCGAUACUAAUGGCGAAAAAAAGUGGCCCACGUGCUGCGUUACUGAUGUAAAUUUAGAAACUGGGCGCAACGUUAAUAAUAUUAAUAAUAAUAACUCACGCUAGUCACAAGGGCGGCUUCUGA